AUGGACUCGAGCGGGAAGGUGGCCUUCGAGGGCAAGUUGUUCGUGCAGACAAUCGACGCGCGCGAUGAGAACGAGGAAAAGUAUAUGCGGGCGUACCGCUCGUUCGAGGAGACGACGGCGGGGCUCAGCGAUAAGGACUUUCACGACCUGCUGUCCUCGCUGGUCAGCAAGGAGAAGCAGCACGAGGAAAUCUCGCUCGCCCUCGUCUACAUCAUACUGACCGACCCGAACGGUGCACCAAAGAUGUACCGCGAUCUGACGCUGCUAACCCGGGACGGGCUCGGGUUCGUGACGGCCAAUUUGGCCAUGCUGGUUGCGGAGAAGUACCACAAGCUGACGGACGUUGGGCGUAAGCAGUUGCUUUGGUUGCUGCGCGAGCUGAUCAAAAACCAGGUGCUGAACGUGGACAAUCUGGCGUGGAACAUUCUGCGCCAGGCAAGCGGUGGCGACAUUAGCCCGAAGAACAUUGCACUGAUCGAGGGUUUGCUGGACAUUUUCACCGAGCACCGGGCAUGGCUAGAGAAGGAUCAGUUUCUGAUCGGCACGGUGGCGUACACGUUCGUUCGGCUAAUCGAGGACCACUGUGGGCCACAGUUUGUGUAUCUACGCAACAGGGAAGUUAAGUUUGUAAUCUCGUUGAUACGGGACCGCUUUAUGGACAUCAUACCGCUCGGGCGGGAAUUCGUGCGGUUGCUGCAAAACGUGGGCCGAUUACCGGAGUUCGAUCAGCUGUGGAAGGACAUGCUGUACAACCCGAAAUCGCUCUGCCCCACGUUCAACGGUGUGUGGCAGUUGUUGCAGACGCGCACAAGUCGGCGAUUUCUGCGGGGCCGCAUCACGCCGGACAUCGAGCGCAAGAUACACUUUCUCACGAGCAACGUCAAGUUCGGCAAUCAAAAGCGCUACCAGGAUUGGUUUCAGGAGCGGUACUUCAACACGCCCGAGUCGCAGAGUUUGCGGUGCGAUCUGAUACGGUUCAUUAUCAGUGCGAUUCAUCCGACGAACGACAUGCUCUGUUCGGACAUUAUUCCACGCUGGGCCAUCAUCGGGUGGCUGUUGACGUCGUGCACGAAUGCGGUUACGCUGGCUAAUGCGAAGCUGGCCCUGUUCUACGAUUGGCUGUUUUUCGACCCGGCCAAAGACAACAUCAUGAACGUGGAACCGGGCAUACUGGUGAUGUACCAUUCGAUCAAGAACCAUCCGCUCGUUAGCUGCACGCUGUUGGAUUUCCUUUGUCGUAUCAUGAAGAACUUUUACCCAAAGUGGGAGGAUCGCAUUCGGACCGGUAUUUACAACUCCUUGCGUAAGAUCCUCGAGAUGAAGGUGAUCCCGAAUCUGGUGCCGUUGUUUGAAUCGCCCAAGCUGGACCGUGAUCUGAAGGCAAUGUUGCGCGAAAACUUCCGUGAGUUUUGUGUACCGCCGAACAGUAUGUACGGCAUGCAUCCACCACAGCCCGGUAUGGAGACGCAGAUGAUGAUGCACUAUCCCGGUGAACCGAUGGAGCAUCCUCCACCCCAUCUAAUGCCUCCACCCGUGCAUACGGUUCACCCUAGCCAGACCGAUAUCACACAACUAAAUCGAAUGGAUCCCUCACGGAAAGCACACGACAGUGGAGGAGGAGGCGGUGGUGGUGGUGGUGGUGUUGGAGGAGGAGGGGGAGUGGGAGUAGGAGCCGGUUGGCUCGCCUUAAGAGGACCUAUGGCAAGUGGUACCGGAACGAUGCCUAUUACACAGGGAGUAUUGCGAGGUGGUCCUCCCAGUGGACCCGGACCGACCGUCGGUUCAGGUGGACCGGGAAGUGUUCCGAGCGGAAUACAUGCAGGUGGCGGUGGGCCGGGUAGUGCAGCCAGUGGUGGUGGAACUUUUGCCAAACCUUCAGAAACGCCCCGAUCAGCGGACAGUGCAGGCACAGCGGACGAUCCCAAAUUUAGUGACGAUGAAGAUGACGCAUCGAAAGCCACUGCUACGACGGCCACGAAAACGGAGGACGUGUCGGAUGAUGAUGAUCUGCCGCUGGCAAAGGUACGGCUGCUGGAGAAGCCGGCCAUCGCAAAGGUAGCCUUGCCGGACACGUUGAACGGCCAUCUGGAAGAGUUUCUGCGCGAGAAAAGCGUCAAGUCGUUCGAGCCGCUGUUGCAAAGUCUGGGCAGCUGCGGGAAGGCAGCACUCAACCUGGAGCAGGAAAACUACCUCACGGAGAGUGUGAUAUCGGUGAUCAAGCAGACACUGCCGGACAAGAGCUACUUCCCCGCGUCGAAGACGGACGAGAAUUUGUCCGAAAGCAUCAACUACCCACUGUUUGCGGCCUACCGGUUACUGUACCAGCACGAGGAGUCCUGUAAGAAGCGCAUCUUAGCGCUGCUGGUCGCCAUCGUGACGCGGAUCAAUGUGGCCGGUUACAUGCUGCUGUUCUUCCUGAAGGUGCACGGGAAGCUGCAGGCCCGACGGAAAGAGAACGCCGGCAGCACCGCAUUCAAGGCGUCCGUGUACGGUGUGCUGUGCGAUGCGCUCGAAUCGGACGAUUCCGUGGACGACUGCAUCGAGAAGGAUCUCAAUCUGCUCGAGAAGCACAACACGCAGAUGUUCCUGUGGAUCCUGCCGGACAUGUACCGGGAGUUCAAGCAGACCAUGCUCAACAACACGACCGUGCUGCGGCUGCUGGUGGGCUGCAUCGAUGCGAGCAAUCUGGGCGACAUCAUCUACAGCAUCACGCAGGGCAAGCUGAUCCUGUUCGACGAGGAAGGCAUCGUGGAAAUUCUGCGCAAGAGCCUCGAGUACGAAACGUUCGAGCAGGUAUGCAUCUGGCAGCUGGUGCAGGCCCACGACAUCCCACUCGACACGUUCCAGGAGAUAAUCCCCGAGCUGGAGUCCGGUGCACAUGCGGAAGCGCUGACCGCCAUUCUGCUGCUGCUCCGUGCCGAGAAACCGACCACCGAGCUUGUCCGGUUGCUGCUAAGCCGCGAGACGGAAACGAAACACCGAGGCGACCCGUUCGUAACCUCGGUCCUCCGCUACUGGUGCCAGGAGUUUGAGGAAAAGCUGUCCGAGCUGAUUGCGGCCCUGCUCACCUCGAAGUAUCCCUCCAACUCACCGAACAAACGCAAGCGGCCCUCGAAGAGCGCGCAACAAAAUACGGCCCCCACCUCGGAACAGUUGCUGAACCAUCUGGAACAUUUUAGGCGCAGCUGCAGGCACGGGAACGGUACCGGCACCGGGCUGUUUGUACAGAACGACAUGCAGCGCGCCCUGCAGCAAGCAUUCGCCCACAGUUCCGAAAGCCAACGGAAGCAAUUUAGCGAUCUGUUUGCACUAGCGGCCGAAGACGAAACGUCCACCACGGUUGGCCGGCGGGGUACGAGCAGUCGCGGUCGGAAAGCACCCUCGAACAAGAAGGAGACGGCGGCGGAAAAGGCGGCAGCGGCGGCCGCCGCAGCACAUGCCAACAACAGCAAGAAGGCGGCGGAAGCGUCCGGCCACUUCAGUGACGACUCGAGCGACGAAGACUGGUCCAAGCAGAAAGCCUCGAAGCGAAGGAAAACGCUAAGCGAUUCCGAUUGA